AAACUGCCACCGAGCCACCCAUGACCGAUGCCCAUCUGUUCGCAUCGCGCGACCUCGAGCAGGGCCGCCCGCUAGGAUUCCAGCGCCGCCGCCCGCCCCAGUUCGCCGUCCCGGACCACGCAGCCGCCGGCGCGGCCCUCGCCGCCGCCGGACGGUUACUCUCCGCCGCCAGUCCGCACUCCCGCGGCAGUCCAGCUUCCUCUGCGGGCCCUUUCCCGCUUUGCCCUCUGCCGCCAACGGGACACCCGGAAGCCGCCGUUGGGCCCCUCCGCACCGGCUACCGACGGCGCCUCCGUCCCGAAGCUGCAGCCGAACAUCAACAUCUCCUCCACUCCUCCACGCAGUGGAGUCCGUUGGGGAGGCGCAAGGAUGCUGAGUUAUUCAAGACUGCCCAAGAACGUCUGAAGCAGGUGUACGUGUUGGCUAGGGAGCCUUCGACCACGGUCUAGGACGUGGUGCCUUUUGCUACUUGACGAGCCUGCGUGCUCUGUACGGGUCUUUGCCUUGUAAAACUGCUAGCGGCCUGUUUGGCUUUUGGCUUUCAUCGUAACUUCAUCGAUUUCAUGCUUGCGAGGGCCUGAAUGGCUUUUGCUGCUGUACUAAGAUUUGUGUCUCGAUACGCUGCCUGUUGGGGCUUUAUUAAGUUAAAGCCGGACGCAUCUGGCGUCUUCGUUCUAAAAAAAUUUGCUGCCCUAGGGCGUCAUAAACUG